AUGUCGAUCUACUCCGCGGGCCGAAACCCUACUUUUGGCGACGGCUUUGGCAUACCCGUCGCUGUUUCCCCAGUCCCAUCAACGUCCCCUUCCCUACCACCACCGUCCAUCUCUCGCUCCUUGUCGCUCAAGCUCGCUCUGGUGCAGAAGGAGGCAGGCAGCAGCGACGGUGGUCAGCGAGACAAACGCGGGUCAUCCAAGCGCGUGUCGUACGCUCCUUCCCUCGCCCCGUCUCUUGCUGGCACGUUUGGCGGCCGGGAAUGUGAACAGACACCGGCCUCUCCCUCCAUCACUCUCGACCAGUUCGACGACGACCACGAUGGCCAGACAACACCAAGCGUCCAUCCACGAUCCGGGGUGCUGUUAGCACUAGACUCGAAGCUGGGCGCCCUGUCCACCGAUGACAUUGUGUACUCGGGUGCGCCAGAGAUCCCACAGGUAACUGGCCUGGAUUGUGACCACGGUACCAUGGGGAUAUUGUGGCCGGCGACUGGGCAAGACGAUUACCAUCCGGCACCCCACCAAGACAGCCAUAACGCCUUUUUCUUCCCCGUCCACGUCAACGCGCAGGCCAUACCAGAUGGUGGCCCGCGUACCCCCGAUUUUACGGCUUCCACAGAGGCCCUUCAUGCUGAACGUUGGUCGCCUGCAUCCACCGGAACUGCCACACUGGCGACCCCGGACACGCCCACCAUUCCCACCCUGCUCGACGCUGUGGCACCACCGCGCUCGAGCUUGCUGUUCCAUGUCCAGCCACAUUACCUCGACAUACCCUGCGGCGACCAUGGUUCCGACACCGCGACAGACGAAGACGUGGCUACAAGCGACACGAUCACCGCCGCUGCUUCCGCGAACGGUCGCCAAGUGGAAGCCCCCUUAAGUGCGGGACAACCACGCUCGAACGCAAUGUUGGCGUCUGCGAUCGACGAGUUGGCCACCGACGUCGCGCCUGUCAACAUCAUCAGCCCUCGCGAGCUGAAUGAAGCACGACACGCGUCUCCAGAUGACGACCUCGAGGGCGACCAGCACUGCGUGGCUGCAUGGGACGAGGACAUGCCUCGCUCCAACACUCCCCGCGUGUCACGUAGCGGUUCUGUCCCGCUCGACGUGGUACGACCUGCCUCGCAGCCACACACGCUGGAGCUCGACCGUGGUGUAGUCAUUGCUGCUCCCAUCCCGGUACCUGCUGCUGUCGGUAUAUACAGAGGUUCUGUGGAGGAGCUCCAAGCUACCAGCUCGACAGUGUCGUCGGCGGCCGCGUCUGAUGCCAGUAACCAAGCACCCGUGGCUGUGUCGCGAGUUACCCCCGCGCCAUCAACGAGCGCGGAACAGCUGAGCGACCAGGCGCCACCAACACCCCCAAAGACUGGAUUGUACGCCGGCAAGUAUGGCACGCGACCUGCUCCACCUCCGCCUACUGUGGCUCCGUACGUACUGCCACAAGGCGCAGACAUGCGGCUGCGCGAGUCCCGACUGCAACACUCAUUUGGCCAUGGUGUCGGCUCGAGCCGUCGAUCAUUUUCGAGCCUGACGUCAACUCCGCACCACCUUGUCGACGCCAGCGGCAGCCGUGCCCUCCGUUCAGCUGUUCUACCCAACCACACGGCCCGCUCGUCCACGUUCGCCCUGUCGCUCUCCAAAGACCAGCAAGACGGGUCUACCACACCGUCGCUGGCGACGUCGCAGCGGCAGCGUAAGUUGUCCAACAUGUUUGGCUUGCGCAAGAAACAACAGCAGCAGCCACCAGCAGACCUCCCGCACAGUGAAACGUACGACCGUCUGGGCCUGUUCGAGGACGAAAACUACAAACCUCAACGCAAGACCCUCCUCUUCCCUCCUGAACCAGAAGAGGACGAGACGUUCUCGGUGUGGCGUGUCCCCUCUCAGCGUCGCCUAUGGGAAGCCGGCCUGUGCUUUGUCCACGAUGACAAAGGCAACGCCGUCUGCUUUGGCGACCUCUUCCCUCGGUGGCCAGAGGACGUACACGUCCCGGAGCGCGAGGGACCAGAACCUCGCACUGUAGUCUUCUUCAUCCGCCACUGGUGGUGCGGUACGUGCCAGGACUACACGAUGGAGUCACUGUCCCGCCUCGACUCGUCUCUGCUGGCAAAGAACAAUGUGCGCGUCGUCGUCGUCGGGUCUGGCAACUGGAAGAUUAUCGCCGCCUAUCGCCACGUUCUCAACUGCGACCACCUCGAGUUUUAUACCGACACGGUCGGUAAACUCUGGGGUCUCAUGGGCAUGACCAAGUCAAUGCCAUACAAGCGCGAAAAGGACAGGCCGAUGCCAGAGUACAAUGUCCACUCGCUCCCAAAGCAGAUUUACAAGGGCAUGAAGAAUGCGUUUACGCAGUUCCCCAUCGCCCACCCGGGCGACUAUACGCGUCUCGGCGGCGAGUUUAUCCUCGCGCCAAACUAUACGUGCGACUUUGCCCACCGCAUGACGCACUCUGCCAACCACAUGGAGGCAGUGGAUGUUGUGCGCCGCGCUGGCGUCGACCACCCCGCCACGUCCUUGCCCAGCGCACCAGACGCUGCCGCGCUCGCAGCGCGCGAAGAGCUCAACCGCAUCACGCGCGAGGUCCACGAGUGGGAACUGGCGCGCGAGCUGGAGCUGGAGCGCAUGCGCCGGAAGCGGGCCGCGCGCCGCGGCGGCUCGAUGGCUCUGAGCAAAUUGUCCGAGUACGAUACUGCCCACGGCGACCGAGACAGCGACAGUGGGAGCGACACGGAGACCGAGGCCGGGACGACUGGCGGCCGCCGUCCGCCAGAGCUCGUCGCGACCAACCCGGGCGACAGCAUUUCCAGCUCGGACGGCAUGUCCAGCGAAUACUGCGCGAAUGAUCUGGAGGAACUGCACCACCCGAUCGUGGUACGCGGUGCGCACCGCCCGUUCCACGAGGAAGGCAUGGUGAAGGAGGGGAAGCAUGACGAUGCUGGGGUGUAUGCGGGCAGUCAUAUUGGUGUACUGUAA